GGCCGCGCAAGGUAUGCUGGGUAACGGCGGAUUGAGUCAUGGACGCUCGCCGUGUAGAGGACUUCGUUUGAAUGCUGUACCUGUGGCCAUUUUUACCUGUCAUUUUGUGGGAGAAUUUUAUCGUCAUAAUGAUCAAACAAAUGUUAACAUGUGUACUUCUUUUAAUUCUUAUUGGUCAUCACAAUGCAAGAACGGCUUCUGUGAACAUGGAAUCAUCGGUUGGAGUAUUGGGCAACUUUUCUCACUAUGUGAAAUGUAUUUUCAUUCCUGGAAUUGAUGAAAGUUUAUAUAAUCUUGACAUGUAUCAGAUUGUCAGUGGAGGACAGACAUUGUUGGCUAGCCUUUACCUCAAUGGAGAUCUUGUAUGGCAAAAGAAUGCUCCUAAUGACAUCAAAAGAAGAUCCCUUCUCAUCAAGCUUGAUUCUACUUCCUUUCAGCUCCUUUAUAAUGACACUGUGUGCAGUGAUGAAAAGAAUUAUACAUGCAGUGUCACAUUUCGUGGUGCAGAUGGAAGUCGUGGAGAUCAGUUGAUCAGCAAUAAAGUGACCAUAGAAGCAUCCCCUGGAGCACCAACUAUGACAGCUGUUCCUGGCUACAACAUUACAGAAAACACAACAGUUACUUUUACCUGCACUGGCAAUGUGGGGAAGCCACCAGGACAGUUUCAGUGGUACAUGUAUAGAGGCAGCAUCCGGGAGAACAAAACUGAUCUGGCUGCUACUCAGUCCAACUCGUUGGCGACUCCUAGCUGCACUUACACAGGAAGAAGCAGCAUUAAUAUCACCAUGACCAGAAUGGAGCAGGGUAUUGUUAUGCGGUGCAGAGUUUAUCAUCCAACACAAGGCAGUAACACCAAUAUUGAAGAGUGUAUAGAUCCAAAUACUGGCUUUUGUCGGAAUGGAGAAAAAAUUUUUGUCUCCUAUCCUGUGAGCAUAAGCUUAUCACCACAAAGCCCAGUCAUCACUGCUGAUCAGGGGUCAGAAUCUAUUCUUACCUGCAAUGCAGAAGGUUAUCCUCCACCACAAUUGCGAUGGUAUAAGAAUUCAGACCCAAAUAAUACACUUGGAACCAAUAGCACUCUCAAGCUACAAAACCUCUCCCUAAGCGACUCAGGUGUCUAUGUUUGCAUCGGAUCCAAUAAUAUAAAUGGUGCAGAGCUAAAUGAUUCAAAGCAAGUAGAGAUCACUGUUGUUCGCACUACAACACCACCCCCGACAACUACUUCAACAAAAACCACUACUAAUAGCAAAGCAACAACCACCGCAAGCAGUGGUGUUACCGACCCGGUAAAAGACAGUGAUAAGGACAACACAGCAGCUAUUGCUGCUGGAGUGAUUGUCCCUGUUGUUGUUAUCAUCAUCAUCGUGAUUAUUGUGGUAUGCGUCUGUCGAAGACGGGCUGCGAAAAAAUCCCCAGUGGAAGAACCACCAGAAAAACCAUUCAACAACCAUUCUCGCAUCAACACUAUUUCAUCCCGACCUGAUCUUGUCAGUAGUGAAAAAACAUACCCCGCUUUUGACAAUUCCAAGGCAUUUGUCAAUGAGGAUGGUCUGACUUAUGCACAGUUGCAACUGGAUAACAAACCACGCAGCAGACGACCUUUGGCUUUGGACGAUUCACACACAGACUACUCAGACAUAAGCAUGCCACAAGUGUAGCUGCUUGAGUUUUUACUUUUCUGUGUGGAUGGGAAGAAUAAAUGCAGCAGAUAGUGUUGCCGCAAAAUGUUCUGUGUGGAUACAGUGCCAAGAUGUGAUUCAGCACUUGACAGGAGUAUUCUAGGGGAGCUUAUGUGGAAUGAACAAAAAUCAGUCCAUUUCUUAGUUGCAUAUAUCUUCAUUAUUGGAAUAUUGUGCAAGGCUUUAAAUGCAGGCUGGACCCUGCUUCUGCUUGGGUAGGUGGAUGCAUUAAAGUGCUUGCAAGGACAGUUGAUGUACACUAGUUUGGCCUUUUGAAAUCAAAAGUAGUGUGAAAAAGAAAUGUUUUAAAAGUGUACAGUAACAAAAUUGCCAACCAUUUUUUUUCUUUACUUUGUUGAAAAACAAAAGCUUUACUGCACCAUAUUAUUAACAGGGUUUGGGGAGGUGCUUGGUGCAUUUGUGUUUAGCUCAAGAUAUUUAACUUUUUGACUGCUAACAAACGAUAGCUAUCUUGUGUGCAUAGGAGACAUUAUCAUCUGUAGAAUUUGUUGCAAACAGCAGUUUAUUGUCACAAGAUCAAGUGGCUACAGCUCUUCAAAAAAUUCUUUGAUAAUGGUGUGAACACAUCAUGUUUUUAAAAAAAUUAAAGGAAUAAUUUCUUGAAAUGGCAAUAAUAUGCAUAUCACAUAAACAGAUUAUUUGUUAAGGUUGUCAGUUUUAAUUUGAUAAAAUCUCUGGUUAUUUGUUUCUUAACAAUGUUUCCUAAAAUGUUUAAAAGUCAUCCAGUUAUUUGAUAGCAAUUUUUUUUUAUAUUCUGGGACUGUGCUGUAGCUUUCGUUACAAAUAUCCAUACCACAGGUUCCACGUGCGCAUCAUUAAAGACUCCGUUCAAGGUAAAGGUCAUACAAGACCUUUUCAGAGGACUUGUUUAGACAUUCUUCACAAUGUGGAAAAAGACUUGUUGCGGUAUGUGCUGCUGCUGAAGGACUGACAAAAAAUAGGGGUUAGGAAAAAGAAGGCUUGUCAUGCACCUGGUGCUGAUGUGAAAAUUAGCUAUUUUCUAAUACCAUGUUAUCUUUUAAAUUUUUUUAAGACAAACUGAAUAGCCAAACUUCAUUCUGAUUAACAGGAUUGUGUCCAAUAGUUUUGAUUCUUUUUUAAUAAUCACUUCUGAUUUUAGAAUGUUGUUAAUUUUUAAUUUGGGAAUAUUGUGUGCAUGCAGGUACAUUCCUGUACAAAUAAAGUUGUACAUGAGAAUGGAUGUAUGCAAGCCUAUGCCUCUGUGUCUGGUUGUGUGUGUGCAUGUUUGCACAUGUGUGUAUCAUCUAAAUGGCUUCAUUUUUUAAAAUUGUAUUUUUAGUUGAAAAUGCAUAUCUGCAUCACUUUCAUUUUUUUAAAUAACUUGAUCACAUUCUGAAAUUAUAAUGUAAGUUUUCAUGGCUCCAUUUUUUUUAAACAAAUUGAUAACAUUUUGAGACUUAGUGUGUUAUUAUUUUUGCAUUUUAUGCUAAGAAAUGUGUUCAGUGGUUUUUGUUUUUAAAUUAAAACAUUUGUUACAUUUUAGGGAGAUUAACUUAAUUCACAAAUUUAGAGAAAAGACAAUGAAAAAUUUUAAGAUCUCAAACCUGCACUUACGAUUUUUUUUCUGUAGAGUAUGUUUUACUUUCAGAUGAAGAACAAACUUUUAAUUUUGUGACAAGUUUUCUGCUACAUUUUUUUUGCAAUAGGAUUUAAUUUCUUUCAAGUGGCCAGUUAAAAGAAAUAUGCAGACUGCCAUAGUUUUUUGCAUAGUUUGUGAUGUGAAUGAUAAAUAAAUAAUAAAACAAUUACCUUAAUGUUUCGGGUGUUUUUGUUUGUAAAAAUUUGACAAAGGGCGUUUAUGCUCAUUAUUGGUAUAGCACUGUCAUAUGACAGCCUUCUUAAAUAAAUCCCGAAAAUAUUGCGAAAAGUGUAAAAUUUUUUGAUUAAAUAAAAGAAACUGAAAAAAUAUCAACAUGGCAGCAGCAGCAGCUUUACAGCUUACCUUUUUUUUCAUUUAUGGUUAUAAAAAGUUGUAUUAAAUGUAUAUAUGUAUAUUAGUAAAAUAAGUGCAUGCAUGUGCCUUUGUGGAUGCAUACAUAUAUCUGCAGAUGGCAUGUGUUUGUGAGAGAGAGAAAGAGAUGCUAAAGUGGUGCUAGGGAGACAAUGAGGUGCAAGGCAUCUGCUUGUGUGAUAAAUUUAUAUUUCUGCUAAGUGUACGCAACAGUUUCAUGGACUUGUUAUUUCUAAAUUGUACAUUUUAAAGACAAUAUUACAUUUAGAUAUUAGACAGUGAUCAUUUGCUUUUUAGAUGCCUACACAUGUUUUAUCCUUCAAAACUAUCUGUGGUCCUUUCUUUGAGUUUUGUUCACAAGUGUUGUGUGGAAAAUGUGGUUGUGAUUCAAAAAGAAGUUUGUACUAGGAUCUGCUUUGCUAGACAUCACUAGAUAAAUUCUUUUUUCUAAGUUUGACAGAUGUCAUGUUUUUCCAGUAGGUUUACUUGUUCCAGGUCAGCUAUUAUUAUUAUUAGUGAAUGCAUGGGGAUUUUUUGUGUGUUCUAGCUCAAGAACUUAAAUGAGAACCAAAAAUUGCUUAUGAAUACCUUAGGGACUCAGCAUUCCACUGUUUUCACAUUUUUUUCUAUGUGAUCAUUGGACACUUUUAUCAUUUGGUCAUUCCAUUGAAAAGUCAUUUUAGAGAGCCACAGAAUUUGGAAUUAAAUUUUAAUUUUUGUUUGAUAUUAUGCAGAUUAGGCCAAACAUGCAGAUUGCUGGUGUGCCCAGUAAUAUAUUAAUGGUUGAGUAUUAUGAAAGCUUGCUAAAACAUAGAAGGCAGAAAAACAUUAAAAAGGUUUCCUGUGUCUUUCCAUCACACCAUUCGUCCAGUUACAUCUCUAAAACCUUAAAAAGUGCCUUUGUAUAUCUUUUUAAUUGUGAAAUUUAUGAUUUGAGCAUGUUCCAAGCUCUUCAUUUUCAAGUCUUGUUCCUGAGAAUUAAAAAGAAUGGAUUAGAACUGCUUCAUUUAGAAUGCAGAUACAAUGAUAUAAUGCCUUUAGAUCAUCACCAUGGAGGAACUUUAUUCAGAAGGAAGGUCUUACCAAAAGGACAUACCUUUGGCUAGUUCAUAGCAGAUGCAUAUUGAAUGUAAUUGUAAGAGCUGUUGUGCCAUACCCAUCACCCCCAAAAGAAAAAUGACAUUUUAAACUUUUGUGUCCAGUUAUACAAAUCUGUUUAUAUGGAUCUGGUUUAUAAAUUUUACAAAGAAUAUUGAAAGAGCCAUGUAUUUCACUGUUUUAUUCUGCACCUGCACAAUGUGGUAGGCCUUCGAUUUUGGUCACUGUCUUGCAUCAUUUGAGUUCGCAAGAAAUUUUAGUAGGAGGGCAUGAUGCUUGGUAUAGAUUUGAAUUUAGGUAAGAUACAUGACUGCAAGGAUUUUUCUUUUUGGUGUAAGAAUUUCGCUGAUAUUUUCAGAAAUCAGAAUGAUCUGAGGCAACAAAAGCAGAAAAAGAUACUAAAAGGAGGAAUCAGUUGCAUGAACUAGUGUUGAAUGGAGUGCCAUUUUGAAAAUGUGUUGUCAAGAGGUCUUGUUUGUGGCAAUAUUCAAUAGCUUGCUUUUAUGAGGAAAAUCUUUAUAAAAAGAUACCAGUCCUGUACCUUUCACUUGAGGUUGUUUCAACCUGACUUGGUCAGUUAUGCACCGCUAAGAAACCACAUCUUACUGGCUGGGGAAAAGACUGAAUAGUAACAGGAUGGAUACUGUGAGGCAGGAUUGAAGCGAGGAAGGUAAUUUGUGAAUGUGUACAUGCAUGCUGUUAGCAACCAAAGAUGCUGUAUAGAAACUUUAAACAAUGUAAGAGUUAUGAAUGCUUUUCUCUGUUUAGCUCAUACAUGGGUGUUGCUGAUUUAGCUUUCCUUGCUGCCCCUGUUUGCUUCAUGUGGAAGGAUGCAACCAUUUUUCUGUUGGAUUAUGUGCUUUGACAAAUGCUUGCAGAGCGACAUGAUUUUUCAUGGUACAGAAGUGCACAGCAAUCCAUAAAAGUUCAACUUGUCAGUGGCUCUAUGUGCCAUUCUAUCCCUUUAUUAGCUAGUUUUCUUUUUAAAGUCAGUUUCAUAUUUUUCGUUUCUUCCUUUUUUUGUAAUUGUGAGCACAUUUAUUUGAUAGUCUCCCUUUAGUUUCUGUGUCUAGUGUGUAGAUCUUGAUUGGAAAAUUUGUUCAAGACACUGGCUCCAGCUUUGACUAUAGUCAUCAUGCAGUCUUUGAUAACUGCCUGUUAAUGCAAUAGCAGUCAGAUUUAUGCAGUAAAUAUCGCAGGUCCAAGGUGUUGUGAAAGAUUAUCACUGUAGACUCUUUGCAAAAUGUAUAUGUAAAAACAGUAACUGUAUUAGCAUUAUGCAUUUGUGCUCUAUAUGUGUUGUGUGUUUCUUGUCUGUUCAUUAUUGGUAGUAAUUAUCGCAUAUUCCUAUCACCUGAUGAGUAGGAAUAAAGCAGGGAAAACUGGAGUGUAAAGAUUAGCUCUUCAUUUUCAGAUGAAGCCUUUAUGUUGCAACAUUGCAGAUGUGUAAGUUCUAAAUAACACGUGUACAAAUAUUAUUCAUACUAUGUGUCUCAUAAAUAUUUCUGUAAAGGAACUUGUUUUAAAGGUUUUUAACUUCAAGGUGUUGCUACAUAUCAUUCUGUCCAUUUUCGAUAACAUAUCACUUCAUGGAAAAAGAUAAUAUUUUUUUAAUCGUGUUGAAUGAAGCCAGAUUGCGUCCAUUCCAAACAUACAGCAUGAGAACCAGGCUAUGUAAAUGUUGAUAAAAUUAUUAUUGCUCAAAAUGCAAAAGGAAUGUUACACACACUAUAUGCUAUUUGGCAUUAAACAAGCAAAAUUUAAAUAUUUUCAAUUGGUUAUGCAUCCUUUGAGCUCAAUAUUUGAUAAGCUAUUGAAUUGUACUAUUUGACCUUUUCUUCACUCUAAAUCAAGAUGCUACUGGGGAAGAGAAUUCUCACUAGAUACAAUUGGAUAAUUUUAAUGGUACUAUUUAAUCAGUCUUUACUUAUGUAGUUCACUGGUAGAAGUUGAUUAAUGGGCUGUUCCAAGUUAAAAAAAAUUUUGACAUGAAAUGUAUUUCUCACACACUAACACAUCUUAAAUAGUAUUUUAUUUGAAGAAUUCUACUUUUGACUGAUAAUGAAGGACUGUAUUGGCCUCAGAUCAUUUACUGUAUAUGUUUUGGUCUGUACAAUGCUUUCUUUAUAUAUAUGUAUCAAGAUCAAAUAAAAUAAGACAAGAUUA